CAUGUGUAGAUCAUUGCGUUACUGUGUUAGCCACUGUCUCUAUGCAGCAAUGACAAGACUAGACGAGGCAAACCGAGAAGUGAACAUGCACUCAUCUGUUCGGUAUCUGGGCUAUUUAGCCAGAAUUAAUUUAUUGGUUGCAAUAUGUAUGGGCCUUUAUGUCAGGUGGGAGCAGACAGCAGAUGCAUUAAUACUUGUAAUUUUUAUCCUGGGACUUUUUGUUCUUGGAAUUGCCAGUAUACUUUAUUACUAUUUUUCAAUGGAAGCAGCAAGUUUAAGUCUCUCUAAUCUUUGGUUUGGAUUUUUACUUGGCCUUCUCUGUUUUCUUGAUAAUAAUUCUUUUAAAAAUGAUGUGAAAGAAGCAGCAACUAAAUAUUUGCUGCUGUCUUCCAUAAUCAUAAGAAUAUUGUUUGCUUUCGUGCAGAGGAUAUGUGGCUGUAUUCAUCAUCGACCUACUUUGCUGACAACAGUUGAAUUUCUUGAGCUGGUUGGAUUUGCAAUUGCCAGCACAACCAUGCUGGUCAAAAAAUCCAUGAGUAUUAUCUUGCUGGUGGUGGCUUUGGCAAUGCUGAUUAUUGAUUUACGGAUGAAGUCUUUCCUGGCGAUUCCAAAUUUGGUAAUCUUUGGAGUCCUUUCCUCUUGGUUAUUUUUUCCAUCCCUACUCAUACCAACGAACCCAUUCGCCUUGGGAUGCUUUUUCAGCUGUCUAAUAACGGAUCCUCUUCUUGACAUUUACUUCAGUGGACUUUCAGUUACAGAACGUUGGAAACCCUAUUUGUAUCGUGGUAGAGUAUGCCGGAGGUUUUCAGUCAUUUUUGUUGGCCUUAUCGAACUUAUUUAUUUCAUUCUUUCAGCCCUGAAAUUAGGCGAUUUGGAUGUCUGGUAUUUUGUGAUACCUGGCUUUUCCAUUUUUGGAAUUUUCUGGAUGGUCUGCCACAUCAUUUUUCUUAUAACCCUCUGGGGAUUUCAUACAAAAUUAAAUGACUGCCACAAAAUAUAUUAUACACACAGGACAGAGAACAACAGCCUUGACAGAGUUAUGGCAUCGAAAGGAAUGCGCCAUUUUUGUUUAAUUUCAGAGCAACUUGUAUUUUUUAGCCUUCUUUCAACAGCAGUUUUGGGUACUGUAUGUUGGCAGAAAUUCAAUGGAAUCUUCAUGAGUGUGUUUCUGAUUGUCUUGCCACUAGAAUCCAUGGCUCAUGGGCUAUUUCAUGAACUGGGCAACUGUUUGGGAGGAACAUGUGUUGGCUAUGCAGUUGUGAUUCCUACCAAUUUCUGCAGUCCUGAUGGCCAACCAACACUGCUUCCACCUGAGCAUGUACAAGAGCUAAAUUUGAGAUCCACUGGCAUGCUUAAUGCCAUCCAAAGGUUCUUUGCAUAUCAUAUGAUAGAGACUUACGGCUGUGACUAUUCAACAAGUGGAAUUUCUUUUGACACCCUUCAUUCUAAGUUAAAAUCUUUUCUUGAACUUCGGACCCCUGACGGACCCAGACAUGAUACCUAUGUGUUAUAUUAUAGUGGCCAUUCUCACAGCACUGGAGAAUGGGCGCUUGCAGGUGGUGAUGCAUUACGGCUCGACACACUUAUAGAAUGGUGGAGAGAAAAGAAUGGCUCUUUUUGUUCACGACUUAUUAUACUGUUGGACUGUGAGAACUCUCAGCCGUGGGUUAAAGAAGUAAGAAAAGUCAGCGACCAGUAUGUUGCAGUUCAAGGAGCAGAACUGGCCAAAGUGGUAGACACAGAAGAGUCAGACCUCCCACACCUUGGUGAUUUUACUAGAGAAUGGGUUGAAUACAACUGCAAUCCUGACAACGACAUCAGCUGGUUUGAAAAAGGGCGUACCGUGAAAGCCAUGUAUGGCGUGUCAAAGCGGUGGAGUGACUACACAUUGCACUUGCCAAGUGAAAGUGAUGUUGCCAAACACUGGAUGAUAUAUUUCCCACGCAUCACUUACCCACUGAUUCAUCUGGCAAACUGGUUCUGUGGUCUUAAUAUCUUUUGGGUUUGCAAAGCUUGCUUUAGGUGUUUGAAAAGAUUUAAGAUGAAUUGGUUUCUUCCCACAGUUUUGGACACAGGACAAGGCUUCAAACUCGUCAGAUCUUAAUUUAAGAACCAAAGAUGAUAAGAACUGGGAACUCAUAGAACUUGAAAAUAUGACUGAUUUUUAACAGUUUACUGUUUGAAGAAACUUUGCUACUUUUGUAGCUGUAUUCCCUUUGCUCACUGUCCCGAGCAACUAAAGUUUUUGGAAAGGGUUUAGAAACCUCAUUAGAAAACAAAAAGCAGCAAAAGUGUUAAUUGUUACUGAGCUGAAUCUGAAUUCCAUGAAAGUUAUGAAACAUGACCAUGUCCUUGAGAGACAGGUUUGUCUGCACACUUGCACAAAUUUAUUUAAAUUAGCACGGUUUCCAUGCUUUUUACUGUUAAAUUCCUGAUGUGUUCUCAGCACACCACUUGACACUCAUAUGUAAAAGGAAGUAAUUAUGAUUAUAUGUUGCUUUGAUAAGUUUCAGGCUUCCUGAAAUAACAAUGAACUGAAAUUAAAACAAAGCAAAGAACCAUGUCAGGAAACUAGUAGCAGUCCAGGAAUGCUUAAGUGAAUGUAAGUUUGAUAGCUUUUUUAUUGGAAUUCCAUGUACUUAGGAAAGCAGCCUUACAAGAUGCAUAUAUGGAAACAACUUUCAUUGAUGUCAGCAGUAUUCUUCAGAUGGCAAGGCAUAAGGUUGGACCCAAAUUUUAGCCAUCCACGAGCAGAAAAACUCCUUCCAUCGGUGGAAGGCUUUUGAUCCAGUUCAGAAGCUGUUCUCUCCAAUAGAUCAUGGUAUUACAGAUUUAGAAUUCCUUCCAAUGCUCUGGCACAGGUUUUUGGAGGAAGCAAAGGGCUACAGGAAAAGAGGAAGCUCAGCAAAAAUAUUCCCCACUUUCUACCAGUGGAACACUCCCUGUGGAACUCCACUUCUGCUGCAAUAAGCAGUAGCAAAAUCUGGAUCCAAGCCAUCAUGUUUCAUCUUGGAUACCAUAGUUAAUAUCUUCAUCAGAGUAUGUAAUGGCCUCAAUUAAAAAUGAUACAAAGAUAGGUAGGACCUUGAAUUCAGUAUUGUUGAAUUCAACAAAGUUGACGUAUCAAACCAGCUUUGUUGUCAUAUUAAUCAGGUGGUAACGAUCUCCUGAAAUAUAUUUCUCUCCUCAAACUGAAGCACAUUAUCUUACUUUUAUGUAAGGGAACACAAACGGCUGUUUGUGGAAAAGAAUAUAUGUUCUUGCCUCCUUGAGGCUUCAAAAUCUUUUUAAAUUGAAAAACUGGAAGGGGUUGAAAAAGGUGCUCAUAAUGAGAGAGAUAUUAUCAGUACUGUAACUGCCUUUUGAAUAUUUCCAUCUGUUGGAUUUUGGCUCAUUCUAUUCAUUUAAACAAAAGCUAUCAUCCACAAAUAGUUUUAUCACUUCACUAGAACUGCCAGAUCUUAAAACUAAAAUCACUGUAAACUAGUAUCACACACCCACACGUUUACUUUCAAUGCGGAAGUUCAAGUGUCAAGUUUCUCUGUCAUUUGUAAAAUUAUAUCAAAACUGCUUCAUGAAAGAACGCAUACUGAGACACACAAUGCCUUGAAAGCACAUUUGAAACACAUGUUCCACUUCGAAGAAUUAUAGGCCGCCAUAGUUACAAUUAUAGGCCGCCUCAGAGAGUUACGAUUUCAAGCAACCAUUAACAAAGUACAGUGCCCAGAAUCUUUGAGGGGGGAAAUGUGCUUCAAAUGUGCUUUAAAGGUAUAGCGUAUAUGCAGCCCAAGGCAAGGAUGGUAGUGGGUAUGUAUAAAUGUGACUACACAUCCAAAUUCUUACAUUUACUUUUUUUAAGGAAAGUUUUAUUAUUUUAGCUACCUGUCAAGCACUGCAAAAUAAGUAUUCACUAUUUAACGCAUUAAGAGCAAUUCACAUAUCCCGGCAAUUUGCCAUAGAACAUUUGCUGAAAACAGCCAUUUAAUAUUUCUGUACUAAACAAACCUUUCUCUCACAUAGAUCAUGGUAUUACAGAUUCCGGAAUUUAUUGCUGGCAAAUUCUUCUCUUGCAUAGCCUAUCCCCAAUGGCAGUAAUAACCUGCAGGUACCUAUGUUCCUAAGCUAGAUGUUUGCACAGAGAGAUGAUGAAGAGAUGUUGGUGAGAUCAACUGUAGGUUUGUCCGGCACGAAUAUCAGGGCCCCCUUCUCCCAUGACUAUUAUACUGGGAUGGAAGUAUGAUCAAAAGUCAGGGAGUGCUGUUUAUUCCAAAAUGAAAUGAAACGUGUGCACAGUUAGCUCAGGGAUGUCAGAAAUUGAGGCAAAGGAAGACAUUGAACAAGUUGAAUGAUGUUUAUUAGACAUGUAAACAGGCCCAAAUGAAUUCAAGGAUAAUAUUCCUACCUUGACAAAGUGUUACUGGGUUUCUCUUUUCAAGUACAGGUUCAACCGAAAUGUCAUAUUUGAUUCCAGAUUAAUAGUUUCCAACAACCUACAUCACAUUAUGCUGAAUGGAGUGAAUAAACUAGAAUGUAAAUGAUUUACUGACACCCAACAUUUUGUGUGAUUCUUUUGAUAUUGUUUGAGAAUGACAUGGUUCUGUGCAGAGAUUAGCUUGGCUCUUUACAUUUCAUUUUGCCUCCUUUUUAUACUUCACAUUUCCUAGAAUGUGCAAAUGUUCAUGUCUCCAAAUAGUUUUCAUCUAAUUGAAAAGCAGAUAAGUGAUCUUGGCAAAAGGAGUAAGCCAUUUCCUUUCUCAUACAAUUGCACUUUCAUCUGUUCUAAUUUCUUUAGCAAUGCUUUGAAACUUUCUCAACAUUGAAAAUGAAACAUUUCUGUUGGAUACAUUGUGCUUCCUUUGGAUUAAAAAAUGCUAAUCUGACUAACAUUGAGCUAAACCAGAGUGUUAAAGGAGUUUAUUGGCAGCAAAUGGAUAACAUUACUCUUAUUUUUUUCCCAUUGAUACCACUCAGUUUUUUUUAUUGAAUUUGUUCUAUAAAGGGAUCGUUUAAAUAUAUGUGGCUUUUUUGUAUGCUCCUUUUAAAAUUUUGAUUUCUCAAGUUCUACAUUCAGUUAUCUUUUCAGGUAUUCAGUUUCAUGGCCUUUUUGUUUGUUUUAUUAUUUGUUAUAUUCAAAAUAAAAACCACAAUAAGAUUGACUGAAAGUAACA